GGGGCUUCUCCGUGGGACCGGGACGUGGCGCCCGGGCGGUCGUCCGUGCUUGAGCAAGCACGCGUGGCCGGCUUGGUAGGACCUCCUGGGGGCUGCGACUCGUUCGUCACCUGUGUGAAACUGUGCGAGUACCAAGGGAGCUUGACACAGGCGAGAGGGACGAGGGAGGCGAAAGAGUGCUAA